AUGGGGACUCCGAUCAAGACGCCUCCUCGGGCUAACAAAACCGAAGGAGAUGGUAAUGAAGUGACGUAAGUUUCUUUUUGUUUUACAAGAAACCUGCUGCAGUUUUGCUCAGGAAGACCUUAAAAAAAUGAAAAAAACUCAAUUUUUUUAAAAUUUAAAUCUUCGAGCUUGUGAAAAUAGUAAUUUUUUCUUAAACUCUCUCGUACAAAUUUUCAUUUUAGAAACUAUUAUCUCGUAUCGUAAAAUCGGAAAUUUAAAAAAAAUUUAAGUAUGCUUUGACGCGUCUCGGUGUGUACACCCAAACACCAUAAUUCACGAAAUUUUUUGACUUUGACUCUAUAAAAAAGGCCGCGAUUUUUUUAAAGCAUGAGUAUGCGUAUUUCAUUAACUAAAAAUACAGCGAUGAAGACGGAUAUCAGGCUAUUAUUGACGCUGAAGAUGUCGAUGUAUUUGUCCGUUCUCAGACCACGAGAAUGUACGAAAAAGUUUGUCGGAUUUUAUAAGUAUUAAAUGUAUUUUCUUUUCUUCAGUACAUCACAGAUAUCAACCAGAUGAAGAAGAAGGAAAAAUCCAUCAAUCGGUUCGUCAUGAAUGGAGAGGUAUGAAAAACAUCGUGAUCAAUAAAGGUAAACUCGAAAAAACUUGUAAAAGCGUGUUUUUCUACAAAAAAGAAAAAUAUUUAUGGGAAAUUGAAAAGAUCUUAUUAUAAAUCGCCUGUUUACUGCGCACAGAGUUCCACGGCGUUUUUUUUAUUACGCAAGGUCAAGACUUCUCGUAAAUUAUGAUGUUUAGGGUGUAAGCACACCGAGACGCACUAUCGCAUACUCAAAUUGUUUUUUUCAAUUUUGGAAUUUGCAAUUUUAGGAUAAUAACUUCUGAAAUGUUCGAAAUCUUGUCAGUUUGAAGAUUAUGAUGUGAAAAAAAACAUUCACUUGCGUUUAAAAAAAUUUCGGAUAUUUUUCGCGACCACUGCCUAGCUGUGAUUUACCAAAAGAAUCUCGGAUUAUGAAAAAAAUGACAUUUGGCAAUGAAACUAAUUAAAACCAAAGAGUUAUAUAAAAAGAAACGAGCAAAAUCAGCGAAAACUGUGAACAAAAAAAUUGACGAAUUUUUCAAAAAAACUAACUCCUCCCUCAGUUUUGAACGAAAUUCCAUGGAACCGCUUUCAAUAGACGUGUAAUAUGCUACUAUUUCACAAUAUGGACAUCUCGCAAAGCCCAAACAUGAAUAGACAGAGAAUAAUUUGAAAAACCACCGAAAAAUGACAUAAAAACCGAAAAAAAUUUGAAUUUCGCGGGGGCCUGCACAAAGUGCGCUCCAUCGGUCGGCGGCAAUCUUUUUACAUUUGCUUUCACUGCGUGGAACGCCGUGGUUCCUAAACGAGCGGCGGAUGUGCACUAAGAAUAACUGCCGAGAUAAACGCGAGACACUGGCGGUACAUUGACGAGCUCGCAAACAUCUCGCUUUUUUUCUUGCGCCGGUCUCGCAUUUUUCUGGGCGCCAGCUCGCACUUUUCUAGGCGCGAGCUCGCAUUUCUCUCGCAAUUUGAAAAUUUCCGAAAUGCAAGAUAAAUGCGAGAUCGCGCCUAGAAAAAAGCGACAUUUUUGCGAGUUCGUCAAUGUACCGCCACCGACCUCGCGUUUAUCUCGUCAGUUAUUCUUACCAGGGAAUGGUCUCAGCUCACAGUGGGACUUCUGAAAGAGACCAUACUUUCUAGAUGUAGUUUUUCACGCUUAUUCCAAAUCCGUUUUCAAAAGCUGCCACCGAGGUCUGUGAAAAAAGUUAUGGACCCUCAAAAGUCGAAAAUUUCAUAGUCUCCGAUCGAGCUGAUUUUUAGAGAGUAUAUUGUCCUUGUUUUCCUUGUCACGAUAAACCAUCAAAUUUUUUCAAAAAUUGUUCAUGAGCCAAGAUAUGAGCUUUCAAAGCCCCGCCGCACACAAGAGAAUGCGCGCGCGGUGUCCUAUUGCGAUCCGACGGCUGCCGAAGCAACGGCAGCGAGGAGCAGUGGAAAGGCGGCGGACUAGGGAGCACGAGGUCAUAGGUUCGCUGCCCACUCUGUGCAAACUUUUUUUGCAGUUUUUUCUUUUUUGGAUAUUUCCGUGUAAGUGCUCCUUUUUUGAGCUUUGAAGCGUAAAAACAUGAAAACACUGCGUUUUGAGCCUAUUCAAACAGCUGGACUUCUUUUUGUCGCAAAUUUUUUUCGUAGAUUUUUUCGUGAUUUUCCAUGUGUAUGAGCAUGGGCUGGAGUGAGAAAAAUUUUUUUGGUUUUUUUUUCUUUUUUGAAAGCUGGCUAUACGCAAGUUUUCAUAACUGCGCUGAUAGAAAACGCAGACAUUUUUUCCGGAAUUUCUGGCUCCGGUUUUUACUUACCACUCUACGAGAAGAAAAAAACUUUCAAUUUUAUUUCUGGUUGUGGCUGAAAUUCCCGAGGAGGUUUCUUUGAUUCAUAAAUAAAAAAAUUAGAACAAACUCCCCAAAAAAAAAGUUUCGUUCAAUGUGAUUCCUGAAAAUGCAUAGUCAGACGGCAAAAGGCGACGGUCAUAGGUGAGCCCACUGCAAAGCACGAAGAGUUUAUUGAAGCGAAAAAAAGUUUUUCUGUGUUCGCCAAGCGUAACUAUGAUGACUUGGGGUUAGACAAUAUUUUGAAGAAGGAAAGAUAAAAAAAACCAAAAAAAUUUUUCUGAAAAUUUUCUCACUCCAGCCCAUGCACACAUGGAAAAUCACGAAAAAAUCUACGAAAAAAAUUUGCGACAAAAAAAAUCCAGCUGUUUGAAUAGGCUCAAAACGCAGUGUUUUCAUGUUUCUACGCUUCAAAACUCAAAAAAGGAGCACUUACACGGAAAUAUCCAAAAAAGAAAAAACUUCAAAAAAAGUUUGCACAGCGUGGGAACCGAACCUAUGACCUCGUGCUCCCCAGUCCGCCGCCUUUCCACUGCUCCUCGCUGCCGUUGCUUCGACAGCCGUCGGAUCGCAAUAGGACACCGCGCGCGCAUUCUCUUGUGUGCGGCGGGGCUUUGGAAGCUCAUAUCUUGGCUCAUGAACAAUUUUUGAAAACAUUUGAUGGUUUAUCGUGACAAGGGAAACAAGGACUAUAUACCCUCUAAAAAUGAGCUCGAUCGGAGACUAUGAAACUUUCGACUUUUGAGGGUCCAUAACUUUUUUCACAGACCUCGGUGGCAGCUUUUGAAAACGGAUUUGGAAUCAGCGUGAAAAACUACAUCUAGAAAGUAUGGUCUCUUUCAGAAGUCCCACUGUGAGCUGAGACCAUUCCCUGGUUAGUGUGGUCAUUGGGUGUGGCUAAGUGCAAUGGCGGCGCGGUUUAUUGCAAUAGGGGCGCGAUGUUGUGCAUUUACUGGGUGGAAAAAUAGUACACUAUAGUGUUAAAAAGUGUUAUUAAAGGCCCGUUCAACUUUUAGAAUAGCUUGGAUGUAUUUCAACGCACAAUAAACCUUAUGAAUAGGAAAAAAAAAAUAGAGGAAGAAGGUGAAAAGAUAACUAAUUUUUUUGAGAAUCAAAAUUAAUCGAAUUUUACGGAAACUACUUCAAACACGGCAUCAGACUUUUCAGACAGGUGUAAAAAAACUGAAAAAAACUUUUUCAGCUAAUAAAAAAACUCGAAAAAAAUUGUUUUUUUGCUUUGAUAAAUUGAACGCGUUUUUUUAUAAUUUCCAAUCACAGUAUUUUUCAUUUUUUUUUUUCAGAAAAACCGCUACUUGAAUGUUCCCGCGUACGAUGAACUUUUGGACCCAACUGACAAGCAUUUCUACGUCAACGCCAACACAAUGAGAACGCCUUUCGGAAACUUUAUCAUGGCUCAAGUUUGCCGGAAAACAAAGAUAAAUUCGAUUGAAAAUUAUUUCAGGCGCCAUUGCCAACGUUUCGGGCCGAUUUUCUGCAAAUGAUUUGGCUUUUCAACGUCCAAACGAUCAUUUGUCUGGCGCCGCCCGAAAAAAUUGGCGACUAUUUUGAUGUUCACGUCGGCGGAAAAGUCACGGUAUGUUUUAACGGAUAAUUUAUCAAGUUAAGAGCCUUUCUGGCUUUGAAAAUAGUUUUUUGUUGAUAGUAAGUUUCAGAUUCUGUUUAAAUUCACGAUGACGACGCUGAGUAAGCAGAAAACACAAGAUGGACUGACGAUUUAUCAACUGAAGCUGGCGCCUUGGAAGAAGAAUACCGAGCCGCGAAUCAUUUACAUGAUUGUCACUCCGACGAUUGUUCGUUUUCAUUCCUCAGAGUUGAAAUUGGCUUUCUUAGCUCACUUACCACUAUUGCUCGCUUGAAAAUUAUCGCUGAGGAGUUCAAAGUAGGAAGAAACUAGGAAGUUCUCGAGGCAAAAAGCUAUUUUCUGUUCCGUUUUUAAACACCCCAUUACGGAUCUCGAAGCAUACAUAUUCCUGCAGAAAGUAAUAAAAGAAGUCUUUUCUGCAUUACAGCUGAACGGCGUGCGCGACACGAAGGUGCAGAUCGCGGCGAUGGAGGAGAUGUGGGCUUUCGAAGAGGCCGCCCAUCUUUCCGGCGAGGCGUCGACGACGGUCCUCGUCCACGGCCUCAGCGGGACUCGCCGCACUGGCGCCUUUGUCGCCGCGACUCUCAUGUGCAAACAGGUGGAUAAAGACUGUUCUGAUUUUCAGUGUCAUCCAGCUAACUCGCGUAUGACGAUGAUCCUUUAAUAGCGCUGCAGAUGAAAAAUCAAAAACUGAAGCACUAUUAAAGGAUUAUCGAAGCGAAAAGGUAUUGUGCUUGCGGGACCGGGGUCAGCUUGACAUCCAAAACCUGAAUGUUAUGAAUUAUCCUCAACUUCCUUCAGAUCCUGGAGGCGGGAACGUUUUCGGCGAUGGACACGUGGGUCGAAGUGAGAAGCCAUCGAUGUGGCACGGCCGCCCGGAAAAUAGACUUCUUCUCGUCGUUGCACGUCGUCUUCGACUUCGCCGUCCGUUGCGGUUACGUCGACCCCAAGGACCAGGCCUACGUCAAGUCUAUCGCCGUGAGUUUCAGAGCAAGGCUUUUUGAGACGUUCUGUUUUUUUAAAUUAUUGAAAAAACUUCAUUUUGAUUUUUUUCCGACAAAAAAAUUUAGUAGUUUCAGAGUUAUAUUAUGUAAGUUUUUACCCUGACGUUCAGUAAGGGAAAAGUCUGUAAAAAUUACUAUCCAAAAGCUAUUAAAUGUACAUUGAUUUUCAUGAAGAUUUUCGAACGAAAUCCUGAAAUUAUGGAAAAAAUGACCUCAAUCUCUUAAGUUCAACUGUUGAUCCGUAUUUUAGGCUCUGAAAAAGGCCAUCACCCUGGACGUGGAACACUACAAAAAGGAGCCCGACGAAUAA